UCUGACCAGACACAGUUGGAAUCUAAAAUUGCAGAAAUGGUGAAGCAGAUGUCUUCCCAAUCUGGUCGACCGUGGGGCUAUUUAAUAUCCCUUCUAUUCAACUCCUUGUGUCUGGUUAUAAUUGGAAAACAGGGGCAACUGCUAAAAAAUAGCAGAAAUUCAGAUAAUUUGCAAGGUCUCGGGUGGAGCAGAAAAGCUGCGGAGGAAGCAGAGGCGGCAUCACAGUACUCUUGCUCUGGUCAUGGAUACGUCUUUGUUGAUACUUUCCACUGGAACCAAGACGGAACUCCCACCUGCGAAUGCAAUGAGUGUUAUAUGGGACUGAAUUGCUCCCAAAUUGAUCCCGAUUGUGUGUCCAACGCAGAUAGUGGGGAUCCUGGUUUUCUGGAGCCAUUCUGGAUCGCAAAUGCAGAAGUGGGAGCAACUGUUAUACCUGCGUGGUAUCGGAUGAGCUAUAUAAUAAACGACGUCCAGAAAUCAGUGGUGUCCCCUGAAUUAGAGAAACAGAUUCAUGACAUUCAUGCUCUCGUAGGCAACGCCGUUACAGAAGGAAGAUAUAUUGUGCUCAAAAUAGGCUCCAUGCACCUCAUCAAUGCCGUAGUUAACAGCCUUGUAGAAAUUCUAUUGCACCUUUCACCCAGACAUUCUUUAAAUCCAGCACAAGUAGUAGCAGCUUCGCCCUUUUACGGAGGCUACGGGGUGCAGACGGAAUUAUUUGACUCCGGGGAUAAUAUUUGGACGGGAGACGGAAGGGCUUGGACAGAACGAACAGAAUCCUUGAAUUCAACGACAUUCAUUGAAUUCGUAACAUCUCCAAACAAUCCAGACACUCUUCUGGAUGAGGCAGUUUUGGAAGGCAAGAACGUAAAGACAGUUUACGAUCAUGCCUAUUACUGGCCUCACUUCACUGCAAUCUCUCGCCCGGCGGACGAGGAUAUAAUGCUUUUCACACUCUCCAAACUUACCGGACACGCAGGCAGCAGGCUCGGAUGGGCAAUUAUCAAAGACUACGAUGUAUACCAGAAGAUUUACAAAUACGUCGCCACCAGUACCUUCGGUGUAUCUCAUGAUACACAGUUAAGAGCAACGACAUUACUAAAAGCAGUGAUAAGUGGUUACAGACACAUUCGAAGCAGAACUGAAGCUAUUGACAGUGAAUCAAAGCAGAUGAUUUUCCACUACGCUUACUCUGUCAUGAGAAGGCGAUGGGAGAGACUCGAGAGGAUUUUAAACAUGUCUGAUCGAUUCUCACUUCAGAAUGUUGGACCUCUUUACUGUAACUUUUUCAGAAAGGUUACUGGCCCCUCACCUGCAUACGCGUGGGUGAAGUGUGAGAAGGAGGAAGAGGAAGAAGAUUGUGCAGCGGUGUUGGAGAAGGCGGGAAUCAUUGGUCGAGGCGCUGAAGCAUUUGGGGCAGAUAAGCGAUAUGUUCGUUUGAGCUUGCUGAGGCGAGAUGAUGCGUUUGCCGUGUUAGAGCGUCGUCUUCAAUCUCUUAUUUGCUACAACAAUCACUGUGAAGACAUAUUCUCCUCCAACCAGACAGAUUCAUGGGCACAAUUUUAGUUUUGUAGUCAUAUGACGUGUACUGUAAAUUGGAAAAUUGCACGGGACAUGACAGCAAUCCUGAUUGCUGCAACGAUGUAUUGUAAAUUUAAAAACAGGGCAGGACAUAACAGCAACAACCGUAUAUAAAUUAUAUAAUGGUAUUUUAAAUGAGAAUCGCCUAAAACGACGUGAAAUUUCAAUUUAAUAUAAACAAAUUAAAAAGACUUAAAAUUUCUGUUGUAGGCUAUA